CAAUUGCUUUCGUACUGAGCCAAGAAGGUACCCCUUGACGUUUGAGACCGAACACCUUGGGGCAGACGUGGUUGUUUAACAUCGUGUAUCGUAACGUGCCUGUCGGUCCACUGAUCCAUUCCACGUAUUCUUAUUUUCCAUCGCUUCGUGUUCAGUGUGAGAGAAGCCGAGUCUUGUUUACAGCGGUGAUUUUACGGAACGCGUACCGUCAGAAGAGUCUCGUCGUUGCGAAAGAGUCUAAACGCCGUUGUGGAGAAAUACUAAUCCAACAGCAGGAUUACAAGUUAUUUAUUCGGGAACAGUUCUGCAUUUUUUGUGCAGUAAAAGUAAAUCGACGCUCAGGAGCCGCUCAUUCUUGCAGCACGUAAAUUUCUCUCUCUCCCUACCGCAAAACAGAGCGACGGCGCGUGAAGGCGGUAGGGGAGGGUGAGCGUGAGCCGGGGGUAGUUGCAGUUGGCGAAACCAUUUUUGUCCUGGCGGAUAUUUUGGAUCGAGCCCCGUCGCGAGGCUUUAUUGAGGCGGGCUGCAAUUUCAUUCAUAACGUUGCGUACGUUACCCGAGUCGUCGCGGUCUUUGAAGCUGACCUCAACGUUCCGCAUUAACGUCACACCGAUUUAAUCUAAAUGAUCAGACUGGCUCGGCAACAUUCGCAGAAGGUGUUUUAUCAUCGUAGGAAAACCCGCUAGUUUAUCUGGUCGUGCUGCGCGUCCCUCUCGGGGUUUCAAGAAAUGGAGGCUGAAGAUGCAGAUUAUCGCUUGAGUGAAAACCGCGGUUCUGUCGAUUUCAUGUACACGAUCGCAUCAUUGCAUUAUUGGCAAGAAUAACAGAAUGUUUGGAUUGAUCUUCGUGUUAUAAUUAAAGAAGGAUUAUAUAAUUGUUACCAGAUAUAGUUUAUCUUAUCCCUCACCGCCUCCCGUUAUCUGUACGAGUAGAGGAACAAUCUUCCCAUCCAAAGCAGAUUCUUGGGGACUUUUAGUCUGCUUAAAAGAAGAAGCGUCGCAUUUUGCUGCGUUUUUGCGACACGGCCUGUUUAUUUUGGGUAUAUUGAUGAACAUAUUAGGAAUGAGAGCUGGAACAGCGAGGGAUGUUUGGACCUUAUUUUGGGGUCCUGUGCUGUUUCUCUUCACAAUCUGCCUGUGCUGUGCCCAUGGAGAAGUCUGUGGUCCUCACAUUGAUAUUCGCAAUGACAUCAGUGAGUUUAAGAAGCUGGAGAACUGCACCGUGGUGGAGGGCUACCUGCAGAUCCUUCUCAUCGGAGACAAAAACAACAACCUCAACCAGGAGCACUUUCGCACCCUGUCCUUUCCCAAGCUGACCAUGGUGACAGACUACCUUCUACUGUUCCGUGUCUCCGGCUUGGACAGCAUCAGCAUGCUCUUCCCCAACCUCACCGUCAUCCGAGGACGCAACUUAUUUUACAACUACGCCCUGGUCAUCUUCGAAAUGACAGGCCUGAAAGAUAUCGGCCUUCACAACCUGAGGAACAUCACCAGAGGGGCCAUCCGGAUCGAAAAGAACCCGGAGCUUUGCUACUUGGAUUCGGUGGACUGGUCGCUCAUUAUGGAUGCAGAGUUUAACAACUACAUUGCUGGGAACAAGCAAUCCAAGGAGUGCGGUGAUGUUUGUCCAGGUAUAAUGGAAGAUCGGCCGCAAUGCAUCAGGACCAGCUUCAAUGACAACUACAGCUACCGCUGCUGGACCUCGAAUCACUGCCAGAAUGUGUGUCCAGAGAAUUGUGAGAAGAGAGCGUGCACAGAUUCGGGUGAGUGCUGUCACCCCCAGUGUCUGGGCAGCUGCACUGGACCCGAUGACGAUAUGGCAUGUGCCGCCUGCCAGCAUUACUUUCACGAGGGCCGCUGCGUUGAGGACUGCCCAACCGGCACCUACAAGUUCGAAGGCUGGCGCUGCAUCACCAUGGAGAUGUGUGCUCAAGUUCACCUGCCCAGCGAGGUGUACUUCGUCAUCCACAAAGGAGAGUGUAUGCCCGAUUGUCCACCCGGAUUCACCCGAAAUGAGACUCUGAGUAUGUUUUGCAGCGCAUGUGACGGAAUGUGUGAUAAGGUCUGCGAAUCUAAAACUAUUGACUCUGUGGAUGCUGCUCAGUCCCUGCAAGGCUGUACGGUCAUCAGAGGCAACCUGCACAUCAACAUCCGGCGGGGCAAUAACAUUGCAUCUGAGCUGGAGAAUUUCAUGGGGUCGAUCCAGAAAGUUACUGGAUAUGUAAAGAUCAAACACUCGCACACUCUGGGCUCGCUGUCCUUUCUAAAGAGCCUCCAAUACAUUGAAGGGGAAGAGCUGACGGACCAGUCAUACGCAUUCUAUGCCAUGGACAACCAAAACCUGCAGUAUCUGUGGGACUGGACCCAACACAAUCUGACCAUUAAAAAUGGGAAAAUGUUCUUCCGCUUUAAUCCUAAACUCUGCAUAUCUGAGAUCCGGAAGAUGUGGGAGAAAACAGGCGUCAAAGGAAAAAUGGAAGAGGAUGACAUUCGCAGCAAUGGAGAGCGAGCAAGCUGUGAGAGCCAUAUUCUAUCGUUCACGUCCAACCAGACUCAGAGUACUCGGAUAAAGCUCACUUGGGAGCGAUAUCGACCGCCAGACUACAGAGACCUCAUCAGCUUCAUAGUCUAUUACAAGGAGGCACCAUUCCAAAACAUCACUGAAUUCGAUGGACAAGACGGAUGCGGCUCUAACAGCUGGAACAUGGUGGAUGUGGACCUCCCACCGGACAAAUCAGACCCGGGGGUGUUUCUGUCCCCACUAAAGCCCUGGACACAGUAUGCUGUAUUUGUGAAAGCUGUCAUCCUGGUUGUGGAGGACAAGCACAUUCUGGGAGCCAAGAGUGAGGUGGUCUAUAUCCGCACCAAGGCAUCAGCACCAUCAAUGCCUCUGGAUGCCCGUGUAUAUGCCAACUCCUCUUCAUCCCUGGUAGUGAAAUGGUCACCUCCCAUUUCUCCCAACGGAAACAAAACCUUCUAUCUGCUCCGUUGGCAACAGCAGGCAGAGGAUCGUGAACUCUUCCAACAUAACUAUUGUUCUAAAGAACUAAAGAUCCCCAUCCGCAUCUCAGCCACGGCUUUGUCAGACAUGGAGGGAGACACAAAGCCAACCAAAUCGGAUGCGGUCAGCUCGGAGAAGGGCCCGUGCUGCCCAUGCCCCAAAACAAUGGAGGUCUUGCAGGCAGAAGCGGAAGACCGUUCCUACCGCAAAGUCUUCGAGAACUUCCUUCACAACUCCAUCUUCACGCCUCGACCUCCAGACAGAAAACGUCGAGAUCUGUUCGGAGUGGCCAAUGGUACACUGGCGCAGGGUGCGAGCAGGAAUAUCACAGGACUGGAAAGCAACAUCACCGACCCGGAGCUGCAGGAGAGAGAGUACCCUUUCUCCGAGGACACGGUCCACACCGAGUUCAUGGAGAUAUCGAAUCUGCAGCCCUUCACCGUGUACCGCAUCGACAUCCACGCAUGUAACUACGAGGUUCACCGUUGCAGCGCAGCGGCUUUUGUCUUCUCUAGAACCAAACCGGCAGACAAGGCGGAUGAUAUUCCCGGCAGCGUGAGUCAAGAGAGAGAUGAAAAGGCAGAGGGAACCGUGCUGCUCCGUUGGCCCGAACCGCAUCAUCCCAACGGACUGAUCCUGAUGUACGAAAUCAAAUACCGUCUGGGAAGCGAGCCUGAGAAGCACGAGUGUGUAUCACGCCAGCAGUAUCGGGUACAGCGAGGAGCUCAGUUGAGCAAUCUGGCCUCUGGAAAUUAUUCAGCUAGGGUUAGGGCCACUUCUCUGGCUGGAAAUGGGUCAUGGACAGAACCGGUUUCCUUUUAUGUGUCACCUCCGAAAAGAAAUUAUGAUAACGCCUUCUAUCUGGCCAUUAUCAUCCCUACCAUAGUCCUGGUGGUGCUUUUGGCAGGGAUCGCUGUGGUCGUCUUUGUGACCAAAAAGAGGAAUAGUGACAGGUUAGGAAAUGGUGUCCUGUAUGCUUCUGUGAAUCCUGAGUACUUUAGUCCUUUUGAAAUGUAUGUACCAGAUGAAUGGGAAGUUGCACGGGAGAAAAUCACCAUGUGUCGUGAGCUGGGCCAAGGCUCCUUUGGUAUGGUGUACGAGGGCAUUGCAAAGGGCGUCGUAAAAGAUGAACCUGAUACCAGAGUGGCCAUUAAGACCGUAAAUGAAUCUGCAAGUAUGCGUGAACGCAUCGAGUUCUUAAAUGAAGCCUCCGUCAUGAAGGAAUUCAACUGUCACCAUGUGGUGCGUCUAUUGGGUGUGGUUUCACAAGGCCAGCCCACUCUAGUAAUAAUGGAGCUGAUGACCCGGGGCGACCUGAAGAGCUACUUGCGUUCUCUCCGUCCCAAAGAGCAGGGAUCCAGUAGUCAAGCUCUUCCUCCUCUGAAGAAGAUGAUUCAGAUGGCCGGGGAGAUAGCGGACGGGAUGGCAUACCUCAAUGCCAACAAGUUUGUCCAUCGAGAUCUGGCUGCCAGAAACUGCAUGGUUACUGAAGACUUCACGGUUAAAAUUGGAGACUUUGGCAUGACACGAGAUAUCUACGAGACAGAUUACUAUCGGAAAGGCGGAAAAGGGCUGCUGCCAGUUCGCUGGAUGUCCCCGGAGUCUCUGAAAGAUGGCGUCUUCACCACAAAUUCUGAUGUCUGGUCAUUCGGAGUGGUUUUAUGGGAGAUCGCCACUUUGGCCGAGCAGCCCUACCAGGGAAUGUCCAAUGAGCAGGUCCUGCGCUUCGUCAUGGAAGGAGGACUUCUGGACAAACCGGACAAUUGCCCGGAUAUGCUGUUCGAACUGAUGCGAAUGUGCUGGCAGUUCAACCCCAAGAUGCGUCCGUCUUUUCUGGAGAUCAUCAACAGCAUAAAAGAGGAGCUGGAGCCGCCAUUCCCGGAGGUUAGCUUCUUCUACAGCGAGGAGAACAAGCCGCCGGACACCGAGGAACUGGACAUGGAGUUGGAGAACAUGGAGAAAGUUCCUCUGGAUCCUGCUUCCACGCUGGCCCCCUCCUCUCAGGGGAGCACGGGGGCUCAGACCCAAAGUCCACAACCGGUGCCUGGUACACCGAUGGGGUCUUCCCCGACCCCCUCCACCUCACCCCCCUCCACUUCAGCCUCUCCCGGCCUGGCCUUAGAGAAGCGCUCAGGACAGGUAACAGCAAACGGGCCGGUGGUGCUGUUGGGACCUGCGUUUGAAGAGACUCAACCCUAUGCACACAUGAACGGGGCACGAAAGAACGAACGACCACUCCCACUGCCUCAGUCAUCGGCCUGCUGAUCCUUACUUCCUGUUUCCCUCCAUCUCCCUCUGCUCCUCAUACAGGGUACCCACACGUCGCCCCUUUUGUCUUUGUGUUUCCUUUCGUUUACGAGGAGUCAAACCCAGGGCUGACCGUGGAGCCGGACCGUAUCCUUCAUGGAAGUCAGAUCAUUUUUUUGUGAAAUGAUUUCAAAUGACGGAGGAUGUGAUACAACAAGCCUACAAAUGCUCUUGCAAUAUUUAAGAUUUGAAAACAAAUCAUCCACACUGGAGAGCCCUGGCUUUCACUUGUGUGAAAAGAACCUGUUUUUAUAUCUUAAAAAGGAUGAAAACCUGCCAGUUAAUUGUGAAACUAGAGACAAGCAUAUUAGCCAGCAAGCCCAGAACACUGAGGAUGUUUGUGUGUCAAGUGUGUUUUUACACAAGAUACACUUUCCCCUUCUCAGCGCAGUACAUUUCUUCAGCUCAAGCUUGCGUGUCUGUCAUCGCAUUUCUCCAUCAAAUCGGAGCAAAAACCAUCUAAGCUGAGAUAGUUUGCUAUUGUGGGCAAGAACCAUCUGAUUGGUCACAGUACUCUCCUGCUUAGGGUGUCUGAUAGGAAGUCCGGCGGGCUUUUGUGAAACUGCCAAAUUUUUUGCCAAAUCUUUAAAGAAACAAACAAGUUAUUUAUGGUCGCGUAACCCAGUUCCCCAUCCACAGCCUCUUCAAGGGACUAAACUCUCACGCUGUUUUUUGUGGGGGAUUUUUGUGCCUCAUCUCUUACAAUCAGCUUGAGUUCGUUCAUUCUUUUCCCUCUUUUAUACGGCUCUGAUUGCAUGGCGUUACCUGCUGCACAGACCAUCUGUGAGCUGAGCCUGGUCUCGAGUCGCGAGGUGUAGAGAGGCGGAUCCGAGAUAUAAGGGAUUGAGUUCAGAAGCUGAUCGGAUACAGGCGCUUCAUCCGAGACUGAAGUGAGGCAUUGUACACAGCAGGUAUAUUUUUUAGACUAGACAUAAGUCUCUCUGUACAAUUCAUAUGAUUCUGAGAAGGGUCUUACAGUUGUAUGUUCGACCGUGAGAUCAUUUACACACGAAUAUUGGUUUGAGUCACUUUUGAUAACUUUUUUACAGUUCUGAUGUUCACCUCUUUGUCUGUACAGAAAGAAGCUGCUAUUUUGUUUUUUCUUUCGUGGGUGUUCGACAUAUAUAUAUAUAUAUAUAUAUAUAAAUCCUUCAGGUUUAAUAUUUUAUGAUAUCUCCACUACAGUCCAUUUUCUUAUGCUUUGUACACUUCUUGCAAAAAAACAAAAAACAAAAAAAGAGAAAUAGCCUUUCAAAGUUUUACUUCGUUCUCUUCGGAAGUUUGUCUGCAUUGCCACAGGUUCCUUGCCUUUUGUACAUUUCUCUAUUAUGAUUAUUAUUAGUUAUGCUUCAGUUCUGCAUGCGAACGCACCCGUGGAACAGUUGUCUACCAUUGCACCUGUUCACAAGGUGCUGCUCAAUCUCAGGUUGAUGUUGAGGUUUUUUUCUCCAAACAUUCUCUUCAGAGCUUGUUCACCCAGGCACAAAGCUCCCUCCGUAAACUGCACAGUAUAUAUGUGCUAAGGUUUGAUUUACUAUUUACCCUCAUAGACUUUCUUUGUAAACCAUCCAUGCAGCAAAAUUUCAACUAACAGGGCUUAUUGUGUUGUCUUAAAUGGUCUUCAGUACCCCAUCAAACAUCUAUGGACACGGUGAAUUCAACCCACCUCAAUCUAAACGCAUGCAAUGAGCACUUACCUUCCUGAUGACAUCUGCAACCAAAUAAAGUUCAAAAACUUCAAGAUAUGCUAAAGACAAAAUUAGGUUUCCUUGGCUAGCUGGCUUUAAAAUGUGUUGUUGUGAAGGAUUUCUCCAUGUCUGUUUGGGAUCAUUUCCCGGGGCAUCUUUUUCUGUCUUUGAAGGUUAUUUUCCCCUCGGCUGGGGUAUUUAUUUUCUUGUUUUUGUGUUACCAGUUAAAGUCACUGUACAGAUGCCCUGAUUAUUUAGUAUAAACUUUGAAUUUUUAGAUGCAUUUUCCAUGAUGUCAUGACUGGGGGACUUUCUUUUUCAUUUCCUCCAGCAUCUAUCUACCUCAUUCUCUUUUAUUUUAAACGUGCAAGUGUAUGAAAUUAUUUAAUACAUCUCGCUUCUUUUCUUAGCACCUCGUCAUCCUCUGUCGUGUCUCUUUAAGCACCACAGAGCACAAGCUCCCAAGAAUCGAGAGAGAAGGUCGUGGUGUAAGUUAACAUGCCUUUGGAUUGCCAACUAUCCAUAAAGGUUUCAAAGAGCAUAUCUUAUUGUUAUUAUAUUAUAAUAAUUUCUGUCACUAGCGUAAAUGAAUCCCGACUGUGCAGCUUGAUAUGAGAGUUUGGCCUCAAAUGUAUUUGACCUUAGUGAAAGUUGUACUCUUUAAAUUUGAAGAGAAGGAUGCAGAAAAAAAAAACAAGUUAAUAUAAUUCAGGGCCUUUAUUUUAGAGAUGUAAUGUUGUAGGGGAUUGGUUGGAAAUAAGAGUCAAGCAAGCAAACAUUAUUUAGCAUUAUAUUUGAUUUCUUUGUGUGACUCCAGAGCGCCGUGAUCUCAACAAGUGAAACUGCAAGACUGGACAAAGAUAUCAGUGUCAUUAUAGUUAAAUUGGCUGAUUUUGUUUGGUUUUCAAGAAAAGAUGAAAUACUCAAUUAAAUGCAGAUAUUUAGCCAGACGUCAUGUCAUGCACUUCCACAAUCUUUUAUUGUAAAUACUAUUUUCAAGCUUUAGCAAAGAUCAUGGCACUGAUAACUCCCGUUUCUCUGCACGUCCUUUUCAGACACCAUGCUUUUGCACAAUUUGGGUCUCUAUUUUUCAAGACUGUCAAGUGAAGGCUAAGAGCAAAAUUGAGGAUGACUUUAAUGGACACCGAUUAAAUACAGCUGGUCAACACCACUAUAUUGCCACAUUCUUCUAAUCCAAUCAUCGUUGCCUUUUUCUGCAGUCUGCUGUAAAACCAUACGAUUGGCCAAAGCUUCUAGAGAUCAAAAUCUAUAUUGUGGAUUUUGUCAAACUUUCGCCUAACAAACCAUUGGAAAUUUUCCCUGUUCAUAAACCCUACCUGGAAAACAUUCCAACUGAUUUGUUAACGUCCAUGCCACAUGUCUAAAGAGUAACAUAUGAACGGGCCAAUUGUUGUCACUACAUUCAUCGACAUUCUGCAAAGAGAGAAAGGGCUGUCGUUUUGUCUCUCUUUUCUACUGCUGCUGACAACAUGCUGCUUUAUGAAGACUACAUGUAGUCUCGCCAAUAGCAUUGGGUGUGGUGGAUCUAAGCUAAAUGCUUUUGCUCUCCAAAUCGAUGGGUCAGACAAUUGAACAGGAAAGGGGAUAAGAAUUCAGACUCCGAGUCGUAUGGCAAACGGUGAUCAGAAGCCCACAAACUUACAACCCCUGGCUGUUCUGUUUCGUAGCACUUAAGAAAUUUGGGAUUUUUCGUUGGAAGAACUCCAGGGGUUGUAAAUGAGGGCAUUAACAAGAAAGACAUGCUUGGGAUGCUGUGGGGCACAUUACUAGAAAAGAAUAUGAUUCUGUGUGGUACAAAACAAUCUGAAAUAACCAUUCUAUGCUUGUAUUGUUGCGUAUGUAUAUGGGUGGGACUGUAUCACAUAUAGAUGUAGUGAUUAAGAUUUUGAUGUGUUAAUAAUGGGAAAAUAAUAGAUAUCACUAUUUAUUUCUGUUUCUUUUUCCUUUCUGUACUUAAUAUGGACAAAAGCGUUGGCCUGUUGCAAAGUGAAUGUCAGUUUUCAUUGAAUGCUGCCAAGGUUUCUUAGUUACAAGUAGGUUACAAUCUACGACAGAAAUACACAUACAGUACACAGACACAUAGGACACUAUAUGUCCAGUAGAUUACGGGUAGUCAUGACACAGAGAGAUAGAACAUGACUAGAAUUUUUAGAACGACAAGUUUACAGUAGAAAUAGAUUAUGUUGCAAUGCCGGCUUCGGCAAACCUGAUGGCAAAAUGACUGAGGAUCUUUUCCUGGAGUAUCAUAAGAACUAUAAUUAUAUUUCUUCAUAAACCUGCAAAACCUCAGGUUUAGAAAACAUGCAUGGAUGCAUUCUAAUCGCAAUAAUGAGCUUGAGGUUUCACCGAUAUCAUUUCCCAGGCGCUGUUGUUUUUGCUUGGCAUUCCGACAAAUUUCAAAAGGGGCCUUGAUCUACUGUACUGAAGAGUUUAAUAACACUUUUUAUUUUCCUUUCACAAAAAAAGGAAAAACAAAAUCUCUGUGUCAUUGCUUUGGAAGAAACUGGUGGUGAAACGGCUUGGCUGGUACUCUCGUCUUCUUUUAAGUUGUGUAUCUUAAGGCCUCCGGUUUUUAUUUCAGUUUUCUCCUCACCUCCAGAUGGUUAACUUUUUACAUACCAUCGGCUUAAUGUAUAUCUGAAAAAGUUUUCAUGUAUUUCUUUUUUCCUAAAUUUUGAAUUAAAAAAUGAAUGAGUUUGAAA